UUGAUUGCGGAAGGCGGGGCCUGAAGAGAAAGGGAAAAGACCGGAGACCGGGGACGGGUCCGGGGGAGGAGGAGAGAGCAUCCCGUCGCACCUAGAGACCCCCGACUCCCGGAGAAGACCCCCGCCCCCAGCUCAGGUUCGGCUAACCCUCCCCCCCCACCCGGGCAGAGUGUGGAGAUGCUACAGCCUGGAGGGUAAAGCCCUGGACAUGGAGGCCCCGCCCCAGAUGUCUCGGAGCUGCUCUGGGCCCCGCCUCCCACGCAGGCGCUCAAAGGCCCAAAGAGAUCGGCAGAGGGGCCCUUCACCUGCAAACUCCUUGUCAUCAAGUCCGGAGCCGACUGUCUGGCCACGCCCACAGCGCAAGAAGAAGCGACGGAAGAGAGGGGAGGAGAGCGCCGUCCUGCGGGAGGAAGAUCUGAUCGACGGCUUCUGUAUCAGCAGCUAUGGCAGCCUGGAGGCCAUGCAGAGAGACGUCUCCAUGGAGUCCGCCCCACUGGAGGAACCCUACCGACAAAGACCCCUGGGAAAGAGAAAGAGAAGUGAUGGGGCCAGCUCGGAGGACCCCGGGGCCAGUGAGAAGCAUCUGGAGGAGCGGGCGCACAAGGGCCAGAAACGGCGCUGCCUGGGGGUGGGUUCAGUGCACGUGGCUCAGGAUGCCGCCGGUCAGGACUGUCUGCACUGCGGCCUGGACGCCGGAUACAUUUGCGAUGCUGAGAGCAGCUCCGAGGAGCAGGUUCCCGGUGAUGACCUGGCCGUGUCCUUCACAGUGUCUACAAACACAGCUUCGCCUCCCAUCUCCGGCGGUCGGCUGAAAUUGACGGUCUUGGCCCAGAUUUCUGGUUUGGGGAGAAGCUGUGAGAAGAGCCAGGAGCCAGAGAUGAUGGAGUAUGUUCCCGCCCUGCAGCCUCCGACACCUGCUGCUCCAUCACAGGAUCCACCCAGUGCCUCCCCCAAAGUGGAGCCGGUUCCUGUCCUGCCGACUCCUCCACCGCCACCUCCCAGUGUGCAACCUGGGGCCAGUAGCAGGAGCUCCGCCCCCAAGCCUGUGCCCGCUCCGAGACCUGCCACGCCGUCUAUUUCACUUCCUGUUCACACGGCCUCCUCCAGCCUCCCCUCCGCCCUGCGUCCUCCUUCCCAUCAUCACAUGAACCUGUUUGCCCCCACUCAAGCCCUUCCGCCCCCUCCCCCACUUCUGCAGGUCUCAGGUCAUGCUCCUGCGGCUGUGAUGUCGGAGCAUAAUAUCAUUGGUCAAGAGAUGGGCUCGCGGUUCUUGGCGGCUCCUGGGAGCGCGGCAGAGAUCGGUGCUGCCGUCAGACCCAUCCAGUUCCACCAGCACAACCAUCAGCAUACUCACCAGCACACACACCAGCACUUCACCCCCUACCCCCACAACUUUGAGAAAUUUCCAAGUAAAAUAGAAAGUCUGUACAGAGGGAACCCCAGCUCAUUUUUUACCCCCUUUUCUCCGGUUAUCACUGCUCUCCCCCCGGUUCUACCUCCGAGCGUCUCCUUUGGAUCUCUACAGGGCGCCUUUCAACCCAAGAGCACAAGUUCUGAGCUGGCCUCGCGAUGCUCUAUGCCUCCACCCAUUCCCCACAAGGCUCCUCAGAUGACUGAACAAUUCAAACCAAGGAGGCCCGGCCGCUGGUGUGCGAUGCAUGUCCGCGUGGCGUAUAUGAUCCUGCGGCAUCAGGAGAGAAUCAAGAUUGCACAUGGGAAUCCUCACAAGCCUGAAUUACGUAGCGAUCUCCUCUGUCUGAAUUCGGGGCUUAGUCAUCGGCCGCCCUCGCUCAUGACUGGUGCUGUAUCGCACACCCCUGCGCAGUUCCAGGUUUCGCCUUCAGCCGCCGCGUUCCUUUCACAGGCCGGACCCUCAGAUCACUUCUUACGGUCGCCUGGAUUAUCUGCCCUCGCAUCUUUGACAAAUGGUGCAUUUGGUGGACUGGGAAACCCCUCGUUUAAUUCUUCCGCAAUGUAUAACCAGAAGGAGAUCCCGGCGGCUCACAGCUUCCCCAGCCCCCAUGAUCAUUGGAAUCGCCUGCACCGUACCCCUCCUUCCUUCCCUGCACCACCCUCUCAGGUCUGUGGCAAAGUUGGGGACAUGGAUCCGCACGGCACCCACAUAAAGGAUGAGAAGGAGCGGGAUCUUCUGUAUGCCCGCUUGGCACCGCGAGUCUCUCCUCUCACACAGCGUCUGCCCGGCAGUGAGGACCGUGGCUCUCGUACUCUUUCCCCUUACGUUGCAAUUAGACCAGGAAGCAGCUCAGACCCAAAGCCUCGCCUGACACCGGACCAUCCUUCCAAAGUGAAGGUGAAGGAGGAGCCUGAGCUGCUCAGCUUUGAAGUAAGACGCUCCCCGCUGUCUGGGCUCCAUCUGCCUCAUCCGUCUCCCCCCUUUGAACGGCUGCGUGGGGCUUUUCUAGGAGAACAGUACCCCAAUGCACUGGAAGCCUGGAGAGAUGUGUACCGUAGAGCGGAUCCACCUCCUCUUCGCCUUCCUCCUGCACCUCCACAACACCUUUAUGAGCAGCGAGAAGAGCGAGCUCAUAUUCUGCGUGAAGACUUUGAACGGGCGCGUAUUUAUGGUCUGCCUUCUCAUGUUGCCAUGCAGCCUUCUGCUCAAUCCAUGUUGGGUGCGCUGUAUUCACACCCGGGGACUGGACUUCUCAGCAAGACUCCUCCAAUGAACCUCCUGAGCGCCCCUCCACCACUAAUCUCUACGUCGCGGCCGGGAUCCCCUCCUCGUAGAGACCUUUUCAAGGACAGAGACUGCAGAUAGAACUGCUCCAGCCUCCGCGUGUACAUAUUUAUAUAUUCCACCCCGUCGCCCCCUGGGCUUUUGUACAUUUUUAUGGUAUACGUGAUUUUAAGCACUGUGUUCCCUGGUGGCCAUUCCUUUUCCAGGUUCCUCUGUAUUAGAGAUGUGCUGGGUAGGGGGACAUCAAUAAACCUUUUCCCCACCACUG